CAUUAUUCUUGGAGGCGCAUGCGCAGCUAUUCAUGAUUCGACUGUGCUAAACCAUUAAGUGCUGCUCUUUGAUAAAAAGCAAAAAAGACAAAAGCUAUUAUUUGAAAAUUCUAAGCCUUUGCUCCUUUGUACAUUUGUGUACAACCUUUUCUCCGUGGGAGAGUCCUCUUGUUUCCUCUACUCUCUUUGACACAACCUACAGCAGAUUGUACACAAUCAUCAUGGCGACCCAGGAUGGAAGUGCAGAAGUAACCAUGGAAACUGAGCCACAGCCAAAAGAAGCUGAACUCCUUGGUGACGAUGUUGAGAAGACUGAUGAGAACUCAUCAAGCAUAGACACAGGAAACUCAACUCAGGACUGUCCUCUCAGCAAUGGGGACGACGCAGACGACGAGCAGGAAACCGUUGACUUGAAGAUUAUCUGGAACAAAAAUAAGUACGAUCUGAAAAUACCUGUCGACAGCACAGGAGCCAAGCUAAAAGAAAGAAUCCACUCACUCACAGGUCUUCCGCCAACAAUGCAGAAAGUGAUGUACAAAGGCUUACUUCCAGAGGACAAAACGUUACGGGAAAUUAAGAUAACAAGUGGGGCAAAAAUAAUGGUGGUAGGAUCAACAAUAAAUGAUGUUUUAGCUGUUAACACGCCAAAAGAGGUUGUUCAGCAGGAAGUUAAAGCUGAAGAAAACAAGAAAGAGCCUUUAUGCAGGCAAAAGCAACACAGGAAAGUAUUGGACAAAGGAAAACCAGAAGACAUCAUGCCAGCUAUUAAAGGAACAAAGGAACGAUUACCAACAGUGCCUUUAUCUGGAAUGUUUAAUAAGUCUGGAGGAAAAGUUAGACUCACAUUCAAACUGGAGCAGGAUCAAUUAUGGAUUGGAACAAAAGAGAGAACGGAGAAAGUCCCGAUGGGCUCCAUUAAAAACGUUGUGUCUGAACCCAUCGAAGGCCACGAGGACUAUCACAUGAUGGCUUUUCAGUUGGGUCCUACAGAAGCUUCUCAGUAUUGGGUCUACUGGGUGCCUGCACAGUUUGUCGAUGCAAUCAAAGACACAGUCCUUGGAAAAUGGCAGUAUUUCUAAUGUGCCUCUCUUUUGACAAUGAAGAACUGGGACUUAGAGGAAGCGCCAAUGAAAAAUGAAAUGGGAAGUCAGCGAGACUUAAGGAUCUGCUCUGAGUUUAUUUGAAGGAAAUUGACAGUUGCCUGUGGACUAAUCAUAUUGUUUUUAGGCUAAAAGUGCACUACAUGGCAGCAUAAUAUUUCUAAGCCCUGUUGAUCAUUCGUGGUUUUCAGCAAAUUCAAGGGAAAACGAUUUUAACAAAAAAAAUGUACAGAAAUUGCUAACACUUUUCUUCAGUUAUUCUUAAAGAAAUAAAAAAAUUAUUUAAUAAAAUUA